GCGGCCGCUCUGGGCCCGGCGCCUCGCUGGUGCUGACGGCGCGGCCUGAGCGGGAGCGGCGGCCGGAGCGGCGGCGGCGUCAGCGGCGGGCUCGGUGUCACGGCGGCUCUGCCCCUUCCCCGCCGCGCCAUGCCCACCGUGGAGGAGCUCUACCGCAACUACGGCAUCCUGGCGGACGCCACCGAGACGGCGGGCCAGCAUAAGGAUGCAUACCAAGUGAUCUUGGAUGGUGUGAAAGGAGGUGCCAAGGAGAAGAGACUUGCAGCUCAGUUUAUUCCUAAGUUCUUCAAGCAUUUUCCUGAGCUAGCUGACUCAGCUAUCAAUGCCCAGUUGGACCUCUGCGAGGAUGAAGAUGUUUCUAUUCGACGACAAGCAAUCAAGGAAUUGCCUCAAUUUGCCACUGGAGAUAAUCUUCCUCGGGUAGCAGACAUACUGACCCAGCUUCUACAGUCAGAUGAUUCUGCAGAAUUCAAUUUGGUGAACAAUGCUUUGCUCAGUAUAUUUAAGAUGGAUGCUAAAGGAACUUUGGGAGGCUUAUUCAGUCAAAUUCUUCAGGGAGAGGAUAUUGUGAGAGAAAGAGCCAUUAAGUUCCUUUCUACAAAACUGAAAACAUUGCCUGAGGAGGUGAUGACAAAGGAGGUGGAAGAGUUCAUAUUGACUGAAUCAAAGAAGGUUCUGGAAGAUGUGACAGGCGAGGAAUUUAAUCUGUUCAUGAAAAUAUUGUCUGGAUUAAAAAGCUUACAGACAGUAAGUGGGAGGCAACAGCUAGUGGAGCUGGUAGCCGAACAAGCUGACCUGGAACAAACAUUCAAUCCAUCUGAUCCAGACUGUGUGGACAGACUUCAGCAGUGUACUCGGCAGGCAGUGCCACUCUUCUCAAAAAAUGUUCAUUCCACAAAAUUUGUUACUUACUUCUGUGAGCAUGUUCUGCCAAACCUCAGUUCUUUGACUACUUCAGUGGAGGGUCUUGAUAUCCAAUUAGAGGUUUUAAAGCUUCUUGCUGAAAUGAGUUCUUUUUGUGGUGAUAUGGAAAAGCUUGAAUCAAAUUUGAAGAAGCUGUUUGACAAACUACUGGAGUAUAUGCCCCUUCCUCCAGAGGAAGCAGAGAACGGGGAAAAUGCUGGCAACGAAGAGCCCAAGUUGCAAUUCAGUCAUGUGGAGUGUUUAUUGUAUAGUUUCCAUCAGCUAGGUCGUAAGCUUCCAGACUUCCUCACAGCCAAGCUGAAUGCAGAGAAAUUGAAAGACUUUAAAAUCAGGCUACAAUAUUUUGCUCGAGGGUUGCAGGUUUAUAUUCGGCAGCUUCGUCUGGCACUUCAAGGAAAAACAGGAGAAGCCUUGAAAACAGAGGAGAACAAGAUUAAAGUGGUUGCCUUGAAAAUAACCAAUAACAUUAAUGUUUUAAUCAAGGAUCUCUUCCACAUUCCUCCGUCUUACAAAAGUACAAUUACACUGUCCUGGAAACCAGUACAGAAGGCAGAUGCAAGUCAAAAAAGAGCAAGUGAAGAUACAACCUCAAGUUCACCCCCAAAGAAAGCUUCAGCAGGACCAAAAAGGGAUGCCAGGCAAAUAUAUAAUCCUCCUAGUGGAAAAUACAGCAGUAAUCUGGGUAGUUUUUCUUACGAGCAAAGAGGUGGUUUCCGGGGUGGACGAGGAAGAGGCUGGGGAGGACGUGGCAAUCGUAGCCGAGGAAGAAUCUACUGAGAAGACUGCUAAAUCUUCCAUGCCCCUGAAGGGCUGAAGUGAGAGUGCUACUCAGCAAAUGUUUGCUUGGAGCAUUGUUUUCUUCAAGGACUGCCUUCCACUAAGACUGAUUUAAAUGUUCUUUAUACCUUUGUAUGUAUGAUCUACUUUUCUAACGGACUACAACUUGUCCAUAGUGAAACUACAGCUGUAUUUUUGGAUGCUUACAGUCAGCAGUUUUGGGUUCUUAAUUUUGAAGUGUCUUCAGGAUUCAAAAUUGGAAAAGAGCGUAGAUGUUUCAUCAAAAGCUGCAUCUUGACAGUUUGUAUAUUAACCUAAAAGUCAGCUACUGCGUAACUGAAACUGUAUAAUUGAGUUUAUGUAUUAAGUAAUGGACAGGAAAGGCAUGACAACAGAGAUACGUGUCAGAUUAGCUUAGCAGCUGAAGUAAUCCUUUCCUCAUUUGUAACCGUAUUUUGCAAUAUGUGGAGAAGAGUACCACUGUUAAAUUUGCUUUGAUUUGCAUUUUUAAUUAAAUUGAAUGAGAUACAUGCUGGUUUUUUAAAGUUUGCAAUGUGGCUAGAAAUCUGUUUUGCUUGUAGCAUGAUGCAGUCCUCUUACUUAGAGAUGUGGAGAAAGUGGCGUUUUUUGGUUUGCACAUCUUACUCUUCUCCGUGCAUUGUAAUACAAAAGUGAUGUUUUGCAAAUUAAUUUUUAAUGUUUAAUAUGAAUAUGUGCUUAUAGUUAUGCUGUGAAAGCUCAGUAAAUGAACAGCGAAAAAACAAAACAAUAAACGACUAGAAUUAUUCCAGGAA